AUGACUUCCAAAGUAGACCGCAUCCGCCGUGUCGGCGACUGGGAGAAGUCGGCAUACACCUACUAUCCCAUUGCAAUCAUUGGUGCUGGAGAAUCAGGAAUCGCCAUGGGCUGCAGACUACGUUCGGAGCUAGGGUUCGAUCAAUUCCGCAUCUUUGAGCGAAAGUCGGGUCUUGGAGGCACCUGGUUCACGAAUCAAUAUCCCGGUAUCGCCUGCGACGUGCCGGCAAUUUUGUACUCUUACUCCUUCAACCAGAAUCCGCACUGGACGAGCUUCUUUCCCGGCGGAAAGGAGAUCGUUCGCUACCUCUACGAUACAUGCGAGAAAUAUCAGAUCCUAGACAAGAUCCAAUUAGACACCUCGGUCAAGAGCCUCCGGUGGCUAGACGAUGUGGAGGAGUGGGAAAUCAUCCUCGAGCAUCUGGCGCCUGGCGUGGGCGACUUGUCGACGCAAGAACGAAAAGACCUAGAGAAAGAGAAGGGACCAGAAUCCGCCGUUUCAUACACAGAAACCAUCCACGCCAAAAUCGUCUGCAGCGCUGUAGGAGGUCUCGUGGAGCCCAAGCCCUCCCUGAAAGUCCCAGGCAUCGAAAGCUUCGAAGGCGAGAUCGUCCACACAGCGAGAUGGGACCCCAACCUGAACUUGCAGGGCAAAGAAGUCGUUGUCAUCGGCACCGGGUGCAGUGGUGGUCAAGUCGUGCCCCAGCUGAUCAAGCCCGAGUAUGGUGCAAAACACGUCACACAGCUCAUGCGUUCCCCUCCAUGGGCAGUUCAGGCAAUGCCUCCCAAAGCCCGCGAGGCCUGGAAUGCAAGAGUCCCCUGGCUAUGCGAACAUAUUCCUGGCUUUCAAAACACUCUGCGGAAAUUCCUCUUCGCUGGUCUUGAAGCCGAGUUCGUCAGCCUCUUCACACCGAGCGAAGCGGCCCGUCAGCGGCGACAGAAAAAGGCCGGAGAACUCCUGGCCUACAUGCGCGAGAUGGUGCCGGAGGAAUACCACGAGAUCCUGACGCCCGACUACGAGGUCUUCUGCAAACGCCGCGUCGUCGAUGAAGGCUGGUUCAGAAGUCUGCGAGAGCCCAAUGUCGACAUUACUACUUUGCCACUGACUUCCGUCCAGCCUCGUUCUGUAACGCUAGGGCCCGGACGACACUACCCGCCCAUGUCCAAGAGCGACUCCAAGGUGCCGACCGAGAAGCGUGAGAUCCCCGCGGACGUCAUCAUCAUGGCCAACGGCUAUGAAACGAAUCAGUGGCUGCACCCGCUCGACGUGACAGGCCGCAAUGGCCGGUCCUUGUACAAGACGUGGGAAGAACGGGGUGGCGCCCAAGCGUAUUUGGGGACUGCCAUGGACGGAUUCCCGAAUUUCUUCAUAAUCUUUGGGCCCAACACCGCGACGGGGCACAGCAGCGUUAUCCUCGCGAGUGAAAACAUGGUCAAUUACGCGCUCAGGUUCAUUGAGCCGAUUAUCAACCGCGAUGUCGACACGUAUGAGGUCAAAGAGUCCGCAGAACGUAAGUGGACUUCGGACUUACAAAGUGAAUUGAAGAACAGCGUCUUCCAGUCCGGCGGAUGUAAGUCGUGGUACGUCGAGGACAAUGGCUGGAACGCCACGGUGUAUCCACGCACUCAGAUCGAUUUUACGCUGCGGUGUAUGUUCCCAAGGUGGGACCACUGGAACGCCAAGUAUACGAGGAAAGGGCUUGUCAAGUUGCAGCUCGGCCGGAUCUUGAAGUUAUUCGGGGUGCUUGUGGCGGUUUGGGGUGUCGUGUUCACGGCGAGGAAUGGUCUGCGCAGUACAAGGGAGGUCGCUAGACAUUUCCUUGCGCGAGGUGUGGAGGGUGUUAGAGGCUUGGUGGCUAGAAUAAGAGUGUAG